AUGGCUUCCAAAGAAGCACAAGAAGCCCGGCGUGGCCCGACCGAGCAGCGUCCCAUCUACGAGCGUCCCGGCACCGCUCGUGAAAUUCUGACCAGUACCAAAUCCGAGUCCACGAGCACCCAGUCAUUCCUCAAUCAACAGCGAAUUGACCAGCGUUUCCGUACCCAGCAGAACGUGCGGGUACGCGACGAAUUAAUCCCCACACCGGAAAUCCCGCAACCAGCAUAUUACGACUACGAGACAUCGGAAGACCGCAGUCUUCUCGAACGCCAACUACGUACCCGACAAUACCGGCAAUCUGCCGGUCCGGAAGAGGUCCCAUACCAAUACGAAGUGUCUGAAGAUAAAAGUCUUUUGGAACAAGAUAUCCGCAAACGUCGCUUUGAACAACAAGAAUAUCGGGAUUACGAGACAUCGGAAGAUAGUAAAUUCUUGGAGCAGAGCGUGCGGAAGAAACGGUUCGGCCAACCCGAACCGCAACCGCAGCCGGAAUACUAUGACUACCAAACAGAAGAGGACAAGAAUUUAUUAGAGCAGCAAGUUCGAAAGCGACAAGUCGAACAGCAGCACUACUACGACUACCAGACGUCGGAAGACCGGAGUAUCCUGGAACAACAAGUGCGAAAACGCCGCUUCGGUCCGGAACAACCGGAGAGCAUUUUAACCACCCAUACCGCGGCGGCCGAUCAAGCGGAAGCCAUUCUCCAUGAGAUGGAAAAACUGAUCCCGACACAACCGGAAUUAGAACGGGAGACGGCGGAACUGGAUUACUACCAGCCGAAACCACCGCAGCGGACCGAAGUGGUGCUGGCCCCGCGACCUGAACCAGUGUUCCGGGAAGACACUAGCCAAGCCGAUUACCGGCUGGCUGAGCGAUCGGUCACGCAAAUCCAGGCACUUGUCGAAUCGCCAAAACAGCCGCGCAAAGCGCAAGUGGAAACGACCACCACAAUGAAGGAAACCGGGGAGUUGCGACACAAAACCCCGUCACCGACGUUGACCCGACGGACGACGGGUGCGGACUACCAGACGGUGGAAAAACGCACAGAGGUCAGUCGCGUGAUGCCAGAGUCGCCGAAACCGGCAAGAAAACCGGUGGUCGAAGCACCUAAAAUGCAGCCGGAAAAGGCCGAGAUUGAUUACUACCAGCCGAAGCAGCCUGGUAGGUCGGAAGUGGUGUUGCCGUUUGAGACGCCGGUGUCGCCAACGCUGUCACGGAAGGCCACCACGGCGGAUUAUGAGCUGGUGGAGCAACAGCAGACGUCCAUCCAAGCGGUUGUCAAGUCGCCGAAAAUCCCGCGCAAGCCGAUGGUCUCAGAAACGACCACCGUGCGGCGAGAGGUCACGGAGCUGGAUUUUCAGCCACUUCCUAGAGAAGAGGUCACGGGUGCGGAUUACCAGCUGGCCGAACGUCAGCAAACGGUUACGGAGAUCCAAGCCAUUGUAGAGUCGCCGAAACCGUCAAGAAAGGUCCAAGUAAAGGAGACGACAACGGUCCAACGGGAAGCGGCGGAACUGGACUACUUCCAACCGGCUCCGACGGUGACGGAGACAGCCACCGGUGCGGACUAUCGCUUAACCGAAACGACGGCGCAAUCUAUCCAGGCGCUAGUGGAAUCGCCUCAACCGACGCGGAAACCAAUGGUGACGGAGACUUUACAGAAAGAAACCGCUGAGAUUGACUAUUUCCAGCCGGCACCACAACCGGCACCGAAACCUACCUUAACCGACCGUACCACCGGUGCGGAUUAUCAGUUAGUGGAGCAGACAACGACGUCGAUUCAGGCGAUCGUUGAAUCGCCCAAACCAGCACGCAAACCGAUGGUUCAAGAGACGAUUCAGAAAGAGACAGCGGAGGUUGAUUUCUAUCAACCGGCACCACAACCCGCACCGAAACCAACGGUUACCGAUCGGACUAGUGGUGCGGAUUACCAGUUGGUGGAGCAAAUAACGACAUCGGUUCAAGCGAUAGUGGAAUCACCGAAGCCUUCUCGGAAACCAAUGGUACAGGAGACUGUUCAAAAGGAAACUGCCGAAAUCGAUUUUUACCAACCGGCACCGCAACCACAACCAGUAGUGACCGACCGGACAACGGGUGCGGACUACCAAUUAACGGAGCAGGUCACCCAGACUAUUCAAGCCGUUGUGGAAUCACCGAAACCCAGUCGGAAACCGUUGGUGUCGGAAGUGACCACUGUCCAGCGGGAAACCGCUGAAGUCGACUUUUACCAGCCACAGACAACGGAAGUGACCACUUUACAACGUGAAACUGCGGAAGAAGAUUUCUAUCAACCGCAAGUUACGGAUAUCAUCCAAGCGGUUGUGGAAUCCCCGAAACCGACCCGGCGACGCUCCGUCACAACCGAGGUCACCAGUGUCCAGCGAGAAACCGCACAACUGGAACUGCAACCGGCAAAGAAACCGGAGCGAACGGAAAUUGUUAUGACACCGAUGCCGGAACGCGAAAGUCCACAACUGGACUUUUAUCAGCCGCAACCCAUAACCGUUACCGAAAUUGUCUCCACCAAACGCGAGACCGCGGAACUGGACUAUUUCCCCAUUGAACGAGCGGGAAUCACGGAACGCAUUGAAGCCGUGGUGGAUGUGAAACCGCGCUCCCGAACAUCGACCCUGACAAAGCGAACCGAGACGGUGACCACCGUCCAAGAAGCACCGCAACCGGAGCUCCGUUACGAGAUCUCCGAGGAUUUUAAUAUUCUUGAGCAGACUGUCCGGAAACGCACGUUUUCACAGUUGCCGGACGGAACACAGGUUGAGGUCACCAGCACCGUGGAGUUUCCCCAUAUCGUCGAGGCCACGAGCCGCGCGACCGACGAACGGACACUGCGACUGACCGAAGAAGAACGAGAAAUGACGGUGGGUGAGCAUUUUGCGCCGCAGUCAGAAAAACCAGCGGUCGCUCCGAAACCCCAGAUGGAAGUCACCACACUGAAACGCGAAACUGCAGAGCUGGAUUUUUACGCUCCGGAGCAAGUCACCAAGGUCACUGAGACCGUCACGGUGACGCAGACGCAACCGCAGCGCGAAGUGACGGAAGUUACAAAGAUUACCACGCUGAAACGGGAAGUGGCAGAACUGGAUUUCGCGCCGGAAGUCCCGAUGAAGCCGGAGCGAGCGGAGCUUGAUUUCGCUCCGGAAGUGGCACCCAAACCGGAACGCGCGGAGAUUGAAUUCGCGCCGGAAGUCUCACCGAAACCCGAAAUGGCGGAGGUUGAAUUCGCCCCGGAACGGUCACAGUUUGAGAUGAUUGCCAGUGAACAGAAAGUGGUGUCCCAGUAUAUUCGGGGAGAGGAACGGAAGGAGGUCACACAGUGGUCAGCAGAAGAUGUUGAGGAGAUGGAACGGCAAAGGUAUAAGUAUGAAGUUAGUGAGGAUUCCAAUAUUCUGGAGCAGCGCAUUCGCAGGAGAGAAUUUUCCAAACAGCCGGAAGAACUGCCGGAAGUUCCGUUUAAGUACGAAAUCGAAGAAAGCGUAAACUUACUGGAGCAGACCGUGCGUCGCCGGGAAUAUUCCAGACAACCCGACGAGCUUCCCGAGGUGCGCAUCAACGAGCGCACCGCCGCCAUCGAGCAGGACCAAGCAUUCCGCGCCGCCGACCAGAUCAUUCCCCAACGGAAGGUCUCCGUGCCCAUGCCGCAGGUCCCCAUCGAAGAGGUCACCCGCUUACAAGAUUUUGUUGUCGCCCCCGAGAGACCGUUUACCGAGGAGACAGUGACCACGCUAAUCGAAGCGGUCACUACGCGCCAGUUCCCCGGCGCACCCGAACGGGUGACUCACGAACGGGUCACGGUAACCACCACCGAAGAGUACCCGGUAACGCCCCGGGGACCGCAGAUGGCGCGGGAGAUUCCCGAAGAAUACCUGUUCCAACCGGAAGUCACACGCGGUCCCCUUGUCACCGAGGCCACGGAAACCCCGGCCCGCGAGCUCCCCGCGGAGUACGCCGAGAGCGAGAUCUCCGAAGACAUCUUCUUCGACGCGCAUUCUGAAAUCUACACCUCGGAUACGGAUAAGUUCUACACGCCGUCGCGCGGCAGCCUGGCUAGUUUGGCCGCGUUUAGCUUCCACAGUCUGGAAGAGCGCGAGGAAGACGUCGUCUCCCCGGUGAAUCUCUCACCGAUGCCGGAAGAAGAUAUUCGGGAAGAAACGGUCGAGGAGCUAGAAAUCCAGAUGGGAAUUCGAGAGCGGCCGGUGACCUUUACCCAGGAACGACCGUCGGAACAGGCGAUGGUCACAGAAGGUAAGGAAAUUGUUAGUGAAUACCUACCCUCACAGGAAGCCGUCCCCAGCGAACUGGAGACCUUCGGCCAAGCGGCGCCGAAAGAGCAGCCGCUCACGGGGCUGGUGGCCACUUUCCGCACCUCCGUUUCCGGUGAGGAGGUGCCGGUGACGGGUGAAGAAGAGCAACUAGCGCCGGAACAGCCGGUGCUGGAGGUAAGUCAGUUGAGUGAGUUUGGUCUAGACAGCGCCCAAAGGGGACCCGGCGUCCCGGUGGACACCAGCUACCUCAUCUCCAAAACCACGGAGACCAAGUACGAAGAAGAAGGCGGACCGUUCCAGCUGGAGAAACUGCUGGAUCAGGCAGAAGCAAUGAUUGAACAGGGACUCAUCACCGACCAGGGUGUGGCGCCAAAGGUCAGCACCGACCAGGGUGUGGCUUUUCCCGGCUACCCGGAGGCCGUCACCCAUGUCUUCGAAGCUCAGGAAGUAGCCGGCGAAUACGAAGAGAAUAAGUUCGCUCAGAUCAUGGAGGAAUGGGAGGAGAAGAAAGCGGAAAUGGCACCGGAAAAGGAGUACCACGAGACGGUCACCAAAACCAUCACCACGGUGGAAAAAACUGCGCCGUUUCAGGAAGAAAUCACAUCAGUCACGGAAACGAUUACAACGGUAACGGAAGUGGUGGAGCGACCGUCGAAGGAAGCAGUAAACGACGUUACUGAAGAAGAACGAGAAACUGAACACGUAACCACGGAAGUGACCAUGGAACAGGCGCAACCGUACGACACGGAAGAACUGAUUACGGCCGUACCGUCAAAGUUACCUAGUGACAUCAGCGCCGCGAUCCCCAAAGAAACGCCCACGGUGGUUGCGGAGUUUGAAGAAGGGCAGGUGGUAGCUCCCACCGAAGUACCGUCUCAACCGAAAGAGUUUAUCGAAGAGCUCCCACAAGAGUUGAAAACCAUUGAAAUCGGACCGACUCAAGUGACCGAUAUCGGUGCCGCCGUGGUACCUUCGCACGAAGCCCCGGAAACGGAAAAGAUGGAAGCCGAAGAGUAUGUUCCCGUUCAGCCGGCGACUGAGUCCGCACAGAUCCCGGGGGCGGUGCCACAGGUGGCGGAAGCGCUGCCGGAAGUCCCUCGUGAGACCAGUGUCGCCAGAGUGCUGCCAACGGACACCAGACCGGUGGAAACACACGAGGUCACGGAAGGUGCCACCAUUGUGACGAUCUCCCAGCAAGCGGAGAUGGAGGAAAUCACCACAAUGAUCGCACAACCGGAGCGACCGGUUACAGAUGUUAGCCACGCGUUGGUGGCACCGGAGACGGCUGCCAUUGAUAUACUACACGUUGCCCAAGCGGAUAAGGAAGAAGCCACGUUUGUCCCUGCAGAGGAAGAAAUUACCGAGGAGAUCAUUACGGAAACCGUCGUCACGGCAGCGGAGGUGCCGUUUCAGGCGGAGGUGGUGACCAAGCCGGCGCCACGCGACGAAAUGGUAGUGGAAGAAGUAACCACAGUGACUGAAGUAAAAGAAGUGAAUCAACCAGAAAAACCGGUGUACCAACCGGAAGGCGAAGAACUGAUCCAUGAAGAAGAGGAAAUCACCGUGGUGACGGACGUCACACGAGAGGAAACUCGCGAAGAGGAAAUUACACAUGAACUGCUAGCCGCGGAAAAAUUACCGGUAGCGACGGAUUUCAGUACAGCGAUGCCUAGUGCUCCGACCGCGCCGGUUCCGUUUCCCGGCGAAAUGGAAGAACUCCCAGGUUUCCAGUACGACGUGUCCAAAGAGUUCACCGAAGGCGUCAAAGGCGAAUUGGUCAGCGCGGAAAUUACUCCCACGGUUCCCAAGGAUGUCGGUGCAGCGGUUAUCGCGCCGUCACUGGCACCGGAAGUCCCGACAACCGAUAUUGAGGAGCUGACGAAAGAGACCGCUCCCAGCGAACAACUGAUCCCAACGGAGACGGGACUGGCAACAGCGGAAAUCGGACCCGGUGUCCCAACUCAACCGAGUUUCACACACGUCCCCGCGAAGCCAACGGAACACCCGGAACUGAUCGAGGUCGUCGAGGGGGCGACGAUCGAGACCAUCUCCGAGCAGACGACCGUGACGGAGAUCGAGGAAACCGUGGCGGAACGCAGACCGACACUGGAAACCGAAACCAGUGUGGCGCUGAUCAAACCGAAGACAGAACUCCCGGUGGAAGAGCACGAAACCGGAACGGAGGUAGUAACGGACACCGCCAUGACCACCACAAUGGAAGAGUACGAAGAGAUCACCGGACAGACGGUAACCGUGGUGAAACCGGAAGAAACACUCGAAGCGGAAGCGGUGCGCAAACAAGUAACAGAAGUUAUGGAGGAAUCGUUCGAAAUUGUCCCGGAAGUUCCGGUCACCGAGACCGUGGUAACGAAAGAAGGCGAGACGGAAACCGUGGAGGAGAGUUACGAAAUAAUCGAUGUGGAGAUGGUGGCGCCCACCGAGGAGAAGAUGGUUGCGGAGGCGGAGCUGGAGCAGCUACAAGCAGCGGAAAUUGGUCCGCUGAUGGCAAUGGACGUUAGCGCCGUGGUGCCGUCAGCCAAAGAAACCGGCGUGACAACGUUGGAGGAAGUGGAGACGACGACCGUUACCACUGUGACGGAAGAGACGCAACCGGAAGAUAUCACGCACGCUAUCGACCAGCAAGCGGUGGCCGCGUUACCGGCGGAAUCGUUUGAAGCCGUGAGAGAAACCGCCCCCGGGAAAGAAGUUAUGCAAGUGGAAAUUCCGGAACAGUUACUGCGGACGCUGCAAGAGAAAAUCAGCGAAGAGCAGCUGGAUGAGCGGCAACUGAUGGAGCUCGUCAUGCAGAUUGACCGGGAAAUGGCCGCGGCGCAAGAACGACAAGUGUCGGAGGCGCCGGAAACAAAGGUCACGGUGACCGAAGAGAAAGUCAUGGAAACCGCGACGGUAACUGAAGAAAUCACAAAGACCGAAGAAAUAACAAAAGUAACCGAAGAAGUGACGGUCGCGCAAGUCGCCACAAAGGAAGCCCCGGAAGGGACGACGGUCGCACCGGAAGUGUCCGCGUUUCAAGAAAUGGAAGAUUUUAAGAUGGAAAUCACACAAGCGACGGAGAAACUGGUUCCAUCCGAAGAAGGCGUCGUCCAAAUCACUCCAAAACCCGAACAGUUCGUCAGCGCGGUGGACACGGGUGUCGCUCCCUUGGCCGAUGUAACCCACGAGAAACCGACACUACCGUCCGAAACCGUCACGGAGAGCGUGGUGGAAAUGGAGAUUAGCCAAGGUCAACCGGUGCCGGUGGAAGUCUCCGAGCUGGAAGUGAUCAAAGCGCCGGUGUCCGAUAUGGAAUCGGUCAGCUCGGAGGAAUUCGAGAUGGUCCAGGAGACGACCGAACUGGAGACGUACGACGUCAUCACCGAAACGGAGAAGACCGAGGUGACCACGGUGGAAGAAUCCUUCGAGAUUGUCCCCACCCAGAAGGAAGAAACCGUGGUGCGACCGGAAGAGAUGUUGGUCGAAGAAGUAACCACCGUCCGGGAGGAUGUUACCGCGCCGGUGCAGGAGGUGGAAGCGCCCGAGGAGAUCGUCCCGAAGCGGAUAAAAACGGAGACGCUGGUGGCGUCCACGGACCGCAAGGAGACAUACGAGGAAAAGGUCACGGAAGAAGUGGCGCUGGAACAGCCGCGUCCCGAACAACCGUCCGUUACCGAAGAAGUGCAAGAGCAGCCCGUGGUAACGACGACGUCGGAAGUCACAAGCGAAGCGGUUACAGUUGAAGGAGAAAAAGUGCGGGAACGGGAACACCUGGAAAUAACGAAAACUGUCACGGAAGUCGUGGAAAUCCCGCAAGAAGUUAUUACAGAAACGGUUGUCAAAGAAGAAAUCGAAAUCGUUCCCAGAGCGGUUUCGGAAAUCGGUAUUGACGUUGUCAAGGAAAUUAAGCCGAUCGAGAUUGUGGCUACAGUACCCCAAGAGAUUGUGGAAGAAAAGGAGAUUAAAACCGUUGUCACGGAGGAAAAGACCGAGCUGACGAUUACGGCGCAAGAAGCUCUCGUUGCCCAAGAGACCAUCGUAGAAAUGUUGAUCAAACAACCGGAAAUCGAAGUGGAAACCAUCACCGAGACGGUGACCACGGUGACUGAGGUGCGGGAAGAAGUGCCGGCUAAACAACCGGAAGAAGUCGCUGAAAAACCGGUUACGGAAGACAUUAUUAUUGAAGAAGUGGUCACCGAGGAAAAGAAAACCGCACCGGUGGAAACCUUCGAAGGACCGGAAGAAAUCGUCCCUAAACGACUGGAAGUGGAGACUUUUGUCGCUUUGACGGAUAAGAAAGAAACGCGCGAAGAGCACGUACCGGAAGAAAAGGUCACUGAAAAACCUGCGGAAGAGCAAGGUGUUCCAUCGGAAGAAACAGUCGAAGAAGGAACCGCGGUGAUCACGGAAGGUGUCACCAGCGAAGCCGUUACAAUUGAAGCGACUAAACCUACGAAAACGGAGAUGGUCGAAACCGAGACCAUCGUCGAAACCGUUACACAAGUGGUUACAAAGACGGAAGAAGAAGGCGUCUCCGUCGCUCCAACAGAGGAGAAAGUAAUCGAAGAAAUUGUUGUAGAAGAAGGUGUCACUGCUCCGGUUCACGAAGUGGAGGGACCGGAAGAAAUCGUACCAAAACCGGUGACCACGGAAACGCUCGUGUCCACUACGGAACGCCAAGAAACGUUCGAACAAAAGACAACAGAAACGCUGGAAGUGGAGAAACCGGUUGAGGAAAAACCAGCGGAAACAAUGGAAGUGGAGGAGCGCCUAGAAAUAACCUUUACGGAGCAACCAUCCACUGAGACAGUAACGGUCAAGAAGGAAGAGAUCACCGUUGUCGAAGAGAGACCCAAAGAAAUAAUAACGGAAACGGUAAAAGGGAUCACCACCUUCCAACCGACUGAAGCCGAACGCCAGCCAAUGGAAGAGGAAAUUUUGACAGAAGAAACUGUUGUUCGAGAAGACGUCACGGCACCAGUGGAGGAAGUCACUGGUCCCGAGGAGAUCGUCCCGACCCGGCUGCAACCGGAGACACAGGUGGCGGUGGUGGACCGUAAAGAGGAGCGUGAAGAAAAGGUGAUCCACGAAUUGGACGUGCCGAAACCGGAGACCGAACAGACCAUUGUUACCGAAGAAAUCGUUGAAGAGUUCACGGCAACGGUUACCGAAGAGACACCGAAAGAGACGGAAAUCAUUACGAGGGAACAAUUUAUUGCGGACGUCACCGUGGUGAAGCCGGUUACUGCCGAGGAAACGGUAGAGACACUAGCAGAAAUGGUGAUUAAGAAGGAAGAGAAGCCAAUGGAAGUGGUAUUUACUGUACCGGAAGAGAAGCCGGAAGAAGUCACAGAGGAAAAGAAAUUUCACGUGAAGGAGAUUACGGAAUUGACAGUCACUACCCAAACCCAGAUCGAGAAAGCUGGUGUCGUAAUUGAAGUCCUACCGGAAGUGGUAGAAGAGAAGGUCACCACGGAAGAACGCCACGAAGAGAAGCUGGACCUUUCUCUGGAAUUCAUCCCGAUCGAGCAGAUCAGGGAAACCAUUGAGACGACCGCCAUCACCGUGCAGGCUACGGAGCUGCAGCCAGAGGAAGCGGAGGUCAUCACCGAAAUCACGGAGGCUGUCGCCGAGUAUACGCCGGUGGUGGUUAAGCCACUGGCCCCGGUGGUCCGGGUCAUGGACGGGCAGUCCAUGCUGCUGCAGUGCCAGUUCUCCAUGCGGGAGAUCCAGGAGGCCAUCUGGCUGCACGAGGACCAGGUGGUCCAGGAGAACGAGGAUAUCACUAUUUAUCAGGACGAGACGGGCUUGUGUGAACUGCGCGUAGCGGAAGUCUUUCCCACGGAUGCCGGGCUGUAUGUCUGCCGGUUGGAGACGGAAUAUGGCGUCGUGGAGACACGAUCCAUGGUUGUUGUGGAAGAGUACGAGUACACUCCCGACAGCGAGGAGGCGUCACUCAGCCAGAUCCACACCACCGGACGCUCGGAGCUGGUGGUGGAGCGCACCGUCUCCAAGGAAUGGGACUCCACCAUGCCGGACAUCUCGGAGACACCGCUGGAGGAGGAAGAGAUGAUGCCCAUCGUGGAGCUCAUGGAGGAGGAAGUGGAAACCAGCGAGCAAGGUCAGAUUGAACGCCCUGAACUGUUUGCAGUGCGGCCUGAUAUUCCUGCGUAUGAGACGCAUGAGACACUCGAGCAUGUCACACCACUGCAGCAUGAACAGAUGCUCGUCGAGCAGGUAGUCGAAUCCGCACCACGUGUGCCGGACAGUAUGGGCGAGGUAGCGGCACCGGUUACUAUUGCGUUCGAUCUGGCGUCCGUGGCCUCCACCGAAGACAUGUCGGUCAUGGAGAGCCGGCCGUCGUACUCUAAUCUGGCUAGUCUAACCGAGUAUCUACCGGUACAAGAAGGCUCGGUGACGAUGAGUGAUGUGUCAGAUAUUGACGUGGGUGAUCACCUUCUGGGUGAUCAGGUGUUUUUAGAGCAUGUCGAACAGGCAGAGGCUCUAUUAUCCCCGACGUCGUCAGUCACCUUUGAAGCGUUAAAAGCUCCCAUAGAUCGGGAAGAAAUUCUGGUACAAGUAGUUAAACCGGAAACACAAACGGUGGUAGCGGAAAUAAGACCAGAAGAGAAAGGUCACGCUGAGAUUUUGGUGAAAGAAAUUGUCGAACUGACGGAGCAAGUGACAGCGCUAACUGCCGAUGAAGUCGUAACAAAAUUGGAAGAAUUAGUUGAGGAAGUUAAGACCGAAAAAGCGCCGGAAGAAGUAAUAACAAAAUUGGUUGAGCUGAAGAACCAAGUGCCUGAACUGGCGCCUGAGGAAAUUCAGUUUAAAUUGAAAGAGAUUUCUGAUGCAGUUGAAAGUGUCUCGAAAGUGACUGUCACAGAAACCGUAGUUCGUCCGCAGGAUAAUCUAACGUAUGUUGAACAAAUUAUUUCGCGGAUUUACGACAUUGCUGCGGAAGUACGAACGUUGAGUGUAGAAGAGAUUGAAGCGAAACUGGAAGAAAUAGUCGCCACCAUGAAACCGCAAGACAUUGUCGAAGCAGAAAUGUUGCCGGUUGACCAAACGGCAGUUCCACAUAAACCUGAUGUGGGAACGGCCGAACAGGUGUACAUGAAGGUUUUUGAAUUGAACGAAAAGGUCAAGGAGUUAUCGAUAGAGGAAAUCGAAACAAGGUUAACAGAAACAGUACGAGAAAUUGCAGAAAUUGUGUCCGAAGAAGCGAAAGAAACCAUUGAGCAUAUUGCUUCCGAACUAAACGAGCUGACCGAACAUUUGAGCGAACUGCCGGUGCAAACCGUCCAGGCAAAACUGAAGGAAAUCGCUGAAGAAGUAAUUUAUGCUACUGCGGUGGCUAAGCGUCCGGGCACGGAAGAAAAGGCUUUCACGAUUGUUCUUGAUUAUGGUCAUGCGGAACAGCUGUCGUCAAAGAUUAUCGAUUUAGGCGAACACGUUGCCGAAUUUAGUAUCGAGGAACUGAAGUUGAAACUUACGGACAUUCUUAACGAAAUUACGGAAGAAAUAGUAGUCGCACCACAAGAACUAGUUGAGACUGUUGCUGAGGUAAGGAAAGUGAAACCGAGCGUGGUAGAAAAAGCACCAAAAGAGAAACGAGUAUCUGAGCAUCCCCUUGUCGUUGAAACUCCGGAAAUUGUCAGAGUAAAAGAAGAACGCGGUACGGCGGAGCUUGUCGCUUCUAGAAUUUAUGAGCUAUCGGAAAUUGUGAGAACUUUGUCAGCGGAAGAAGUCGAGACCAAGCUCACUGAGUUAUUUAAUGAGAUAGCCGAAGAAAAGGUCAUCCAGCAGCCAGUCGAAGAAAGCAGUAAAAUUCAGGAUACGGUGAUGAAAAUGGCCGAAGCGAAAAUUGUAGCUUCCAAAGUCUUCAACUUGAUUGAAGAAGUGAAAGAACUGCAUACUGAGGAACUGGUGAAGAAAUUAAAAGAAAGUGCAGGAGAAAUUUAUCAGCUGUCGAAACCGGAAGUAGCUGCUGUGCAGACGCUUGAAACUUUGGCAGAAAAAAUUCCGGAGAUUCAGGUUGAGGAGAUACAGGUUACGUUGUCGGAAAUAGCACAGGUUCUUGAAAGGGCAUCAGUAUUAAAACCGGUACCAGCGGAAACCGCGGAACUUAGGCAGCAGGUCGUAACUCGCUUGAGGAAGCUUUCCGAGGUCGUUCAGACGAUGCCAGCGGAAGAAACCGCAACUCUAGUUCGAGAAAUGGCAGAGCAGGUUUCUGAAGUAAUCAGUGUUACCUCAGAGAAGCCGUAUGGGAUAGCUGAAUUAACAGUGCAACCAGUGGCGCCGGCCGAAGUCACCUUCGAAACACACGCUGAAGUGAAAGUAGAACAAGAGAAAAAGCCGUUUGAGGUGAUCAUGACUGUGCCGGAACAAGUCAGUGUCUCGUUCCCGGAUUCUCAAAAAGCGGAACGAAUUGUAACCGAGGAGAUUACGGAAAUAGCUGUCGAACGAAGAGAGCAGGUGCCGGUCACCGAAACCGUAGUUCGCUUAGAAAAAACCGUGCCACAGCUAGAAUCCCUGGAGUCGGUAGUCAGUGUGGAAGAAUUAGUAUCAAAAUCCGAAGAGGAAGAAGAAGAAACCCAGAUAAUGGAAUUGGUGUCUGAGUCAGUUGAACUUCCAGUGGAAGAAGUUCCCAGUGGCACGGCUGAGAUCGUAGCGUCCAAGAUUUACCAGCUUUCUGAAAGCGUACGGACGUUAACGACAGAAGAAAUGCAGGCGAAACUAACUGAGGUGGUCAAUGAGCUGGUUGCUGAGAAAAUACGGGAACAGCCAGAAGAGCUGCCCACUGCUUUAAUUUCCGAAGAAAGGCCAGAAGUUGAAGUCGUUGCGUCUAAAAUAUUCAGCUUAAUUGAGGAAGUGAAAAGACUGUCUACCGAGGAAGCUGAGCUGAAACUUAAGGAGGCCGCUAAAGAACUUUAUAACUUAUCGCAGCCCGAGGAAAAUGUUGUCGAAACUCUCCAAACCCUAGCAGACCAGGUGACAGAGAUGAAGGUUGAGGAAGUACAAGCGUCGCUGUCUGAAGUGGCGAAAUAUCUAGAAAAAUCAACCGCUUUCAAACCAGCUCCCUUGGAAACUACUGAAGUUUUAGAUCGUAUCGUGAAGCUCGUUGAAAACGCUCAACAAUUACCGGUAGAAGAAACAGCGUCCAUCAUCCGAGAGAUCGCUCAGGAGAUUGAAGAUGUCGAAAGGUCUUACGAGGCACAACUGAAAGUCAAACCGAAAGUGCUGGCCGCGCAGACUUUCGAAACGUAUGCGGAAGUGAAGGUUGUCAAAGAAAAGAAACCGUACGAAGUGGUCUUGAGUGUACCUGAAGAGGUCAGCGUUUCGAUAGCGGAAUCUCAAAAGCCAGAGCGCACUGUUACGGAGCACGUUACAGAAAUCACGGUUAAGCGAACCGAGCAAGUUCCAGUCACUGAUACGAUUGUUCAUUUAGGCAGAACUAUCCCAGAGUUAGAAUCCGUCGAAAGAGUGACUAGCGUUGGAGAAGAGGCGCCGCAACCCGGCAAACUCGAAGCAGAGGUGACUGAGUUAGUAUCGGAAACAGUGGUCGUGACACCGCGCGCUGUCGUGGAACUCAUUUCAUCUAAAGUGUAUGAAUUAUCAGAAAGUGCACCAGAGUUGACGACCGAAGAGAUUCAGGUGAAGUUAGCAGAAGUUGUCAAGGAGCUCACGGCCGAACGUUUGAUCGCGCAACCGGAAGAGGAAGUGCCGGUUAUUUUGCUCGCAGAAGAGAGGGCUGAAGCCGAGGUCGUCGCAUCGAAAUUAAUCAGCCUCGUUGAGGAAAUGACGAGCUUAACCGUUGAGGAAGCUGAAGUAAGGCUCAAAGAAGUGGCAAAGGAAAUUUAUCGUUUGUCGAAACCGGAAGAAAAUGUGGUGCAGAUUCUUGAAACACUGGCAGAUAGAGCUCCGGAGAUUAAGGUUAAGGAGGUGCAAGCCACGCUGUAUGAAGUGACCCGUGUCCUCGAGAAGGCAGAUGUACUUAUCCCGGUACCGACAAAAAUUGCUGAAAUCAGGAGGCAGAUUAUUGAUCGCUUGGUUGAACUGGGGGAAGUUGUCGAAGAGAUACCGGUAGAAGAAACCGUUACCGUAAUCAGGGAAAUUUCUAGAGCGAUCGAAGACGUUGUUGCGAAAACGUACGAAGCAGAGCUACUGGUGAAACCUACGGUACCGGCUGAAGAGACCUUUAAAACUAAGGCGGAAACUAAGGUUGUUGCAGAAAGUAAGCCUUUCGAAGUGGUCAUGACUGUGCCGGAAGAGGUUGGCGUUUCAGUAGCUCAGCCAGAAAAGGCGGAGCGCGUUGUAACGGAUCAUGUAACGGAGGUUGUAAUCGAGCGACGACAGCAAAUUCCCAGUAGUACCACAUUGGUUCAGCUAGAAAGCGUAAUGCCGGAGUUAGAAUCGAUUAAAUCUGUCGUGAGUGUUGAGGAAGUUACGCCUAAAGUUAUGGAAAUUAAAGAGACAGAAACGAAAGUAAUGUCCAAGAAAGUCGAAGUAUUCCCAGAAAGCAAAACCGUUGAGACCAUUGAACAGGUUGCGACCAAGGUCUAUGACAUCUCGGAAAGUGUUCGAACGCUCACAGCUGAAGAGGUUAGCACGAAAUUGACUGAACUUGUGAGUGAACUCGUGGCGGAGGGAAUUAUGCAAGCACCGGUAGAAGAGGUCUCGCCCCUGAUCCCAAAAGAAACCGCACAAGCGGAAAUCGUGGCUGCAAAGGUGCUUAGUUUAGUCGAGCAAGUAAAGAGUCUGACCAGUGAAGAAGCGGAACUAAAAUUAAAAGAAACUGCAAAAGAGAUAGCGUCUCUCUCAAAACCCGAAGAGGUCAAUGUGGUCACUUUACUGCAAGAUCUAGUCGAGGACGUAAAGCUCAAGGUCACUGAAGAAUUUCAGCCGCAGCUCACCGAAAUGGCUGACAUAAUGGUCAAAGCGGAAGUACUGAAGAAGCUUAUCAACGAAUUGUCGGAGGAAAAGGUCUUUGAACACCCAGUUGAAGAGGUCGGCGAAAUUGGGCAGGUACCGGAAGCGAAAGCUAAAGCGCAGAUCGUAGCGUCCAAGAUGCUUAGUUUGAUUGAGGAAGUAAAGGAACUAAGUACCGAGGAAGUGGUCAAAAAGCUCAAGGAAACAGCGGAAGAAAUUUACCAGCUGUCAAAGCCAGAGGAAACUGCUGUACAGGCGCUUGAGACAUUGGCAGAGAAAAUCCCAGAUUUACCGGUGGAAGAUGUUCAGGUGACGUUGUCAGAAGUGGCGCAUGUUUUAGAGCGAGCUGUUUUGUUGAAACCGGUACCAGCAGAAACCGCGGAACUUCGGCGACAGGUUGUUGAGCGCUUGUUGAAACUGGCUGAACGCGUUGAAACGAUACCGACCGAAGAAACUGCAACGACCAUUCGAGACAUCGUGCAAGACCUUGCCCAGGUGACGACUACUAGUGACAGAUUUCAGGAGCUUGUAACAGCAGGUAGACCGCAAAUCGAGGAAAUUACAAGGCAAACGGUUGCACCGGCAGAACAUGCUCAAGCGGUUGAAAGCGUGGAGCAACCGCAAGAAACAGAACUAGUAGAAACUGUGCAUUUGGAGCAGUUGGCGUCAGCGGUUCUUGACUUAGCUGAAGAAUUUCGAACGGUUUCAGUUGAGGAAGUGGAAAGCAGGUUAACGGAAAUCGCCGAUAAAAUUUUAGAACAGUCGGUUACGGAAGAAACCAGCGAAGGUUUCGCUGAGCAAGUGUAUACCAAAGUGUUCGCUUUAAUCGAAGAUGUACGUACAUUAAAUGUGGAAGAAGUCGAAACCAGACUGCGGGAAGUGGCAAGCGAGAUUUCAGUUGAAGCUACGGAGGUCAAAGAAAAAGUUGAAAAACCAAAGGAAACUGAGGUCACUGAAACUGCGACGGAAAAGCCUGAGCAUGGCAUCAGCGAAAUUACUUUCAGAAAACCGGCUAAAGCUAAGAAAACCGAAAUCUCGGAAACGAGUUUUGCUGUCGUAAAAGAACAAAAGCCAUACGAACUUACCGUAACAGUACCAACGAAACCGGAAGAUAAAAGAGAAGUAGAGCGGGUGACGACAGAGGUGACGACGGAGGUGACACUUACUCAGCCUGUUCGACAAAUGCAGACUGUCAAGUAUGAAGAGUUUAUUCCGGAAACCAGCGAAAUAAUUGAGACCACGGAAACUGUGGUUAGAAAAGUUAGCACCGUAACGCCACAAGUACCGGUUGAGACUCAAGAAGAACAGGAAACCGUUACAACGGUAACGGUUAAUGUAACAAAACCGAAAGCGAUGGAAGAGGUUAUAAGUGAAGGCGAGAUGGAACUUGUGCAAAAGUUACUUGAAUCGGUAGAAUACAUUACAAUGACUGAGACGCCGCUUGAAGAAACUAAGGUCACAGAGGUGACAACAAUGGUAACCGGUGUAACGCCCUCGCCGCUCGAAGUUCUGGAAGCGCUACCAGUAGAGCGCGGUGUUGCGGAACAACUUGCAACGAAGCUCUUCGAAGUUGCGGAAAACGUGAAAAGCAUGACGACCGACGAGGUCACCGUGAAGUUGAAAGAAGUCAUGCGAGAAGUCGGUACCGAAAGCGUUCGAGAGGUUCCGCAAAUCGAAGAAAUUGUUGAAAAGGUCGGUAAAAUUGCGGAUGAAGCGGUGAUGACCUUACCGUCUGAGACGGAAGAAAAGUUGAAAGAAGUUGCGAGAGAGACUGUUAAGUUCGCCAUAAUGCAGCCUGAGACAUCUGAAGAAAAGGUCACGGUGGUCGUCGGACCGAAAACGGCUGUGGCGCAGUUAAAAAAGCUGUACGAAUAUCUACAGACUUUAAAACCGAGUGAUGUCGAAGACGUGCUGCAUGAUAUCAUCGAGGAAAUGAAAGUUUUCGAAGCAGAAUACAGGGAAGUUCCUGUAAAAGGGGAAUUGUUCACAGCCGGGGUUUCUGCUGUGCAGCUGCAUAUAGCAGAGCACAUCAUCGCUAGUCUCGAAGAAAUCGUUGAAAAAGUGGAAGUAGCACCGCUCGAUCAGAUUAAAAGUGAAAUCGGCAAAGUUUCCGAAGAAAUUCUUGAGGAACUGGUACGAGCAAAAGCCGUUGAAAAAUUGACAGAGCAGACAGAACUUAAAGCGCUUCCUGUCCAGAAACCGGUAACGUUGGUCGAACGAGUGUUUGAACUAUCUGAAGAAAUCAGAGAAUUAGCAGUCGAAGAAGCGGAAGUCAAGUUGAAAGAAAUUUAUGAGCAGAUACAGGAAGCCGUUGCUACGGAACAAAUCAACGAAGAAGUCAAAGGUCACGCUGAAAUAACGGCUUCACAGAUAUUUGACUUAUCGGAACAAAUUAAAACGCUGACUGUCGAGGAAGUGGAAACGCGGUUAAAAGAAAUCGCUAGUGAAAUCAGCGAAGACGUCAGCUUAAUAUUACCGAAAAAACCAGUGGAAGAGGUCAGUGCCGAAAUGCAACCGAUGGUCGAGGAAGUAAUGGUAACUGAUAUAAUUGUAAGGAAAUCGGAAACAGUUUCAGUGAGCGAAACCAUCGUCGAAGAGUUAAAUGAAAUCAUUAAGAAAUUACCGGUGUCGAGUCCACAGGAAGUAGAAACGGUAUUGCAGAAAGUUGUGGAAGAAUUGAGCGUCUUAGAAGAAACGGUUUCGCUUCCGGAAGGUCACGUUGAGCUGGUACAGUCUAAGAUUUUUGAGUUCAUUGAACGGAUAGCGGAAGCGUCCGCUGAAGAGACCGAAAUGCGGCUGCGAGAAAUAAUUCACGAAGCGGAAACGUCUAGUACAGCCGGCCGAGGUGGUAGUCUCCGCGGAGCUACCACAGGAAAGACCCCCACCGAACGGGUCGAAGUGACCGUGACGGAAGGUAAGGAAGUGACGUCAUUUGUUAGUCAACCAACCCCAGCAUGGCCUGCUGCCGACGAGGAGCUCCUGGAUGUGGCACGACCGACGGAGCAGCUUGAGUCGGUCACCGAGACCACGACCUGGGUGGUGCAUGAACAGGCGCAAUCGGUAACCGAGACGGUCACCCGAGUGACCGAAGAAAUACGCGCGGUACCCGAGUUUGCGCCGUUUGAGGAGAUGGUGACGCUCGGUCGUCCCGAGUUCGCUAGCGUAGAAGUGGUGCCGUUUGAGGAAAGACCCGAGUUUGCGAGUAUCGAAGUGGCACCCUUCGAGGAGACGGUCACACUGCGACCGGAGUUCGCCCCGGUGGAGUAUGCACCCAUACAGACAACGGUAACGGUACAGAAACCUGAGGAAGUAGAGGAAACUAUAACCGAGACGGUAGUCGUAACCGAGACCAUUGAGCAGCCUGAGUAUAUCAUGGAGGUCACCGAGCAGCGUGAGGUGGUAGUGGAGUCACGCGGUCAGCCGCAGGUACCCGAGUACGAGGAAGAGACUAUUAUUGAGACGGUAGUUAGGCGUACCAGUAUAGAGAGACCGCGGCCAGUGGAACCUCAGCCGGUAGAGUUUGUCACGCAAGUUCGUCAGGCAGUGGAACAGGUCACCAUGGAGGUUGCGCCUAAAGAAGAACGAGUGGAAGUCUACUUUGAACGGCAACCGGUGCUGGAGGGACCGGAGUUCCCGGAGAUUGAAAUGGUCCAAGUCACUAAAGAGACGUUUUUGAACGAAGUCGAGAUGCCGCAGAAACCGCAAUACGAAGAGGUUAAAUUAACGUUCGAACGUCCCGAGAUCGAAUACCAUAUCCAGCCCAGCCAACCGGAAGUGGAAGAGGAAACCGUUACCGAAGUGACGACGGUUACCCGUCGCUACUCCACCGAAUACGCCGUCAUGCCGCAACUGCACCCGCAACCCGUGGUUACCCAGCGCGAUGAGGUCAUCUUCGAACUCUCAACGGCACCAGUCCAUGAAACCAUCGAAGAGACCCGCGUCACCUACGAAGAGCGCAUCAUGCCCCAGGAGAUCCCGGCGAUCGAACACGACAUCCGCGAACUACAGACCACGGAGGAGGUCAUCCGGUUGCAACGCCCGGAGUAUGCGCAGUUCGAAGGACAGGUCACCAUUCGACGCCGGCCGUCGGAGACCGUGACCCAGGAGGUGGUCAUCCGUCCGGAAUUCGCCGAGUUCGACAUUGCGCUCGGCCAACCGGAACUGGCCGAAAUCGAGUUCGCGCCGGUGAAGAAACCGGAAGCGCCCAAGCCGGAGAUGGCCGAGAUCGAGGUGUCACCGGUGACCGUCGAGGAAACCGUAGUCGAAGUGAUCACCGAAACUAUCGUCAAGCCGGAGUCCCCGAAACCUGAGUUCGCCGAGGUGGAAUUCGCUCCAAAACCAGAGUCGCCCAAACCCGAGUUUGCUGAAAUUGAGUUUGCUAAACCGGAGUCGCCUAAACCGGAAAAAGCCGAGAUUGAAAUCUCACCGGUAAUCGUUGAAGAAACCGUGGUCGAAGUAACCACCGACACCAUCGUCAAGCCAGAAUCUCCAAAACCCGAGUUUGCCGAAAUCGAGAUCGCUCCGAAACCGGAAUCGCCGAAACCAGAAAUGGCAGUGAUUGAGAUCUCCCCGGUGGAAGUGAAAGAAACCACGGUGGAAGUUGUCACUGAAACCGUCGUUAAACCGGAAUCUCCGAAGCCGGAAUUCGCCGAGAUCGAUGUGUCUCUCGGUCGGCCGGAAUUCGCACCCACGGAAGUGGUAGAAAUCAUUAAGAAACCCGAGUUUGCCCAGCUGGACAUCGUGCAACCGGAAAUCGCUCCAAUUGAGAUCGCGACCGUCGUCAAACCGAAACCGAAACCAACGGUCGAAGAAGAACAGACCGUGACGACGGUGGUGAUGGAGACCGUUAAGCGAGAGUCUCCGAAACCGGAAUUCGCGGAGUUUGACGUAUCGCUCGGUCAGCCGGAAUACGCGCCGUAUGAAGUGGUACAGGUACCCCGAGAGCACGAAAUCACCGAGGUCGAAACGAUUGUAUCUACGGUGACGCAGACCGUUACCAAGCCCGAAGAAGAAAAACCAAUGGUUACCGAGGAGAAAGAGACAAUUGUCACUGCUAAGAAAAUCACGGAACAAGUAGAGCAGCCAAAACCGGAAUUCGCCGAGAUUGAUGUCGCUCUGGGUCGACCGGAAUUCGCUCCGGUGGAAGUGGCGGAAGUGCCGCAACCUGUUGAGGAGAUAACAGAAACCAAGACCAUUGUGACCACGGUAACGGAAACCGUGCAGGAAGUGAUCAAACCAGAAUACGCCGAAAUCGACAUCUCGCUUGGUCAGCCGGAAAAGGCACCACUGGAGGUCAUCGAAAUACCGCACAUCGAGGAGAGAAUUGAAAGCAUUGAAACCAUGGUAACAGUUACAAAGCCAGAAUCGCCGAAGCCGGAGUUUGCAGAAAUCGACAUUUCGCUCGGUAAACCUGAGUACGCACCGGUCGAGUUCGUGGAAGCUCCGAAACCAAUUGAAGAACCAGUGACAAAGGUCACGGAAAUUGUCGAACAACCGAUGACUGAAAUCAUUGAGGUCACACAAACCAGCAAACCAGUCGAGGAAGUGGAAAUCACAGAGACCGUAGUAUCUGUCAUUGAAGAGGUCAAGAAACCCGAGUGGCCGAAACCGGAAUUGGCGGAGAUCGAUUUCUCCUUGGGAAAACCGGAAAUGGCGCAAAUCGAGUUUGCCCCGGAAGAUAAAUCGGAAACGGAGGAAAUCAUCGAAACCGUGACCACUGUGACGACCGUUACGGAGCAGCGGGAACAACCCGUGCAACCUGUGGAAAUUGUCACGGUACCGAAACCGUUCCAAGAGACGGAAGCGCUGAAAACCACGGUUACCAUAGUCGAAGGGAAAAAACCCGAGUCACCCAAGCCGGAGUUUGCGGAGAUUGACAUUUCACUGGGUCAACCGGAAAUGGCGCAGAUUGAGUUUGCACCGGAGGAGAAAGAAUUCGUGGAAGAAACGAUAGAAGUUAUUACGACAGUCAAAACGGUGAAAGAAGAAGUCGAGCAACCCCAGCCCGUGGAGAUCGUCACUUUCACGAAGCCGGUUGAAGAAACUGAGGUCAUUGAAAAGGUCACCACGGGUACUGAGAUAAUCAGGGAGCAAGAAUUUCCCAAACCCGAAUUUGCCGAGAUCGACAUUUCCUUGGGCAAACCGGAAAUCGCUGAAAUCGAGUUCGCACCGGAAGAACAACCGGAAGUGGAAGAAAUCACGGAAAUUGUAACCAUAACUAAGGUUACAACUGAAGAAGAGGAAGAAAUUAUUGAGACUCCGAAACCAUCGGAAGAGACCCAAAUAACGGAGACCGUUGUAACCGUGACGAAAACCGGAAAACCGGAGUCCCCGAAACCGGAAUUUGCCGAAAUGGACAUUUCCCUGGGCAAACCGGAAAUGGCGGAAAUAGAAUUUGCUCCCCAACAGCAACCGGAAAUUGAAGAGAUAAUCGAAACGGUUACCAGGGUGACGACAGUCACCCAAGAAACUGAGGAGGUGGAGCAGCCGGUAGAAAUUGUCGAGAUCCGCAAACCGGUUGAGGAAACCAAGAUAACCGAGCAGAUUGUCACCGUAAUCGAAACCAAGAAACCAGAGUCACCGAAACCCGAAUUUGCGGAGAUCGAUAUCUCGCUGGGUCAACCGGAACGAGCGGAAAUCGAGUUCGCUCCUGAACGGCAAUCGGAAGUGGAAGAAAUCAUUGAAACUGUUACCACGGUUACCACUAUUACCCGAGAAACGGAAGAAGUCAAACCGGAAAUAGCGGAAAUUGAAUUUGCACCGGUCUUCAAGGAAACCGUAGGAGAAAGGGUUACGGAAGAAGUAAUCAAACCGGAGUCUCCGAAACCCGAGUUCGCAGAGAUUGAAAUGUCGAAACCGGAAAUCGCUCAACUGGAAAUAGCCCCCAAACAGCCGGAAGAGGUCGUAACAACGGUAAUUGAGACCGUUACGAAAGAGAUUAUCCGACAACCGGAAUUCGCCGAGAUCGACGUCAGCCGACCGGAACUUGCACCUCUGGAGGUCACCAAACCGGAAUACGCCGAAAUCGACAUCUCCCUCGGGAAACCCGAGUUCGCGCCGGUUGAAAUGAUUACCGUGGAGAUCCCGUCGGCACCGGAAACGUUCGAAACCGUCACCGAGCAAGUGGUGACGACGGUUACGGAAACUGUACCGGAAACCGAGGAGAUCACGGAGACCGUUACCAUAACGGAGACUGUGACCCGAGAAGUGGUCAUGGAGGAAGAGCGGCCGGAAGUGACCGAGGUGGUACUUCGGAAACCCUCUCUGCCGGAGAAGGAGUUUGCAGAAUUCGAUGUUUCGUUGGGACAGCCGGAAUUCGCGCCAUUGGAAGCGGCCGUGGUACUUCAACGGCGACCGAAAGAGGAAGAAACGGUGACGGAAGUGGUAACGGUCACGAAAGAGACCAUUCAACCGGAGGAAUUGGUGACGGAAGAGACCAUUGUCGAGCGAAUCGUGGAAUAUGUGCAGCCGGAACAAAUGCCGGUGGUAGAGAAGACAGUGGAGGUUGUGCCAACCGUUGUUACUGAAAUCUCGCAAACCGUCACUUCUGAGGUUGUGCCUGAAGAACGGUUGCAACCGGAGUUUGCCCAGAUCGAAUACCAACCGGCAGCACCGGAAACCACUGUUAUCGAAGAAAUCACCGUCACGUCCGUCAUCACCGAAGAAGAGAAACCAGAAUUCGCUGAAAUCGCAUUUCAACCGCAGCCGCAACCCAAACACGAAGAAAUCGUCGUUGAAGAAGUUACCAUUACCAAAGAAGUGAAGGAACAGCCGGAGUUUGCGGAAAUCGCAUUCCAACCUGAGACCACUGAAACUAUUGUGGAAACCGUGGUUACCGAAGUAGCACCGGAAGAGGAGAAACCGGAAUAUGCGGAAAUAUCGUUCCAACCGGAAACGAAACCGCAAAUCGAGACGGUGGUCACCGAAGAGGUCACCAUUGUCCGAAAAGAAGAAAGACCGGAAUUUGCGGAAGUGGAAUUCCAGCCUGUUGCGCCCACGUUGCUGGAAGCGACCGUAGUCGAAGAGCGGCCGCAACCGGUGGUACCGAUGGAGGAAAAACCGGAACUGGCAGAAAUUGUCAUCCCGCUGUCGGUGACCACUGUUACUGAAGAAAUUACCGUCACGGAGAUCGUUACGGAACAAAAACCCUCGACGGAGGUAACGGUUACCGAGCAAACUUUGGAAGAAACCGUGCCACAGGAAGAAAGACCGGAAUUUGCGGAGAUUGCGUUCCAACCAGCGGAACAGCCGGUUGUCGUGGAAGAAACGGUGAUUACUAAGGUGACCGAAGAAAAGCCGGAGUUUGCAGAGAUGGACUUCCAGCCGCAACCGGAGGCCGUUGCCGUGGAAGAGCUCACGGUUACCAUCGUAACGGAAACACGACCGGAAACGGAAACCAUUGUCACUGAGGAAAUAAUGGUGGUCCCACGCGAAGAAAAACCGGAGUUCGCUGAAAUCGCGUAUCAGCCGGCCGAGACGACCGUGGCCACGGAAGAAACUGUGGUGACAACGGUAACCACAACUGAAGAGAUACCAAAAGAAACGGUUCCGGAAGAGGCUGUCAUUCCGAAAAAAGAAAAGCCAGAAUUUGCAGAAAUCGAGUUUCAGCCGGCCGAACAAGUUCAGCUGGUGGCCACGAUCACGGAAGAAAUUACGGUGACCGAAGCGAAGCCCCAAGAAGAGACAGUGCUGAUAACGGAAACCAUCGUUACCGAAGUAAAACGGGAAGUUCGGCCGUCCGUACCGGAAGAAGCUGUGCCGGUGGAAGAAAAGCCGGAGUUUGCGGAAAUCGCAUUCCAACCGGCUGAAGUACCAACGGAAACGGUCGUCUCCGAAGAAGUCAUAACAGAGGUUACCAAGGAAGAACUGCAACCUGAGUUCGCCGAAAUCGCAUAUCAACCAGUCCCUCAAGCUGAAACCACGGUUACCGAAGAGAUAACUGUCACUACUGUUACGUACGAGCAGCCACGCCAAGAAGAAGUUGUUAUUGAAGAAGUGACCUUUACCGAAGAAAAACCGGAAGAGACAGUAACCAUCCAAAAGGAAGUCUCCGAAGUGACCUUGCCACGCCCAGAGUUCGCGCCACUGGAAACCGACGUCCUCAUAACGCGACCGGAAAAUAAAGAAGAAAUAUUUGAAGAAGUGGUUACCGUGGUGAGGAAACCAGAGAGUGAAAUAACGGUUGAAGAAACCAUCACCGAGGAGGUGACAAUGACCGCGGAGCGGCCGCGUCGACGGUCGGAAGCGGAAAUCACCUUGGAGAUCGAACAGCCGCUCCUGGAUUUCCAGCCAGUGGAGUACCAUGUCAAGUACCAUGACACCGAAGAAGUCGGACCGGAAAAGACAACAACGGUGACAAUCGGCGAAACCGAGACCGUGGAAGAAUUCACACCGGUCGCUGGAACGGUGAUCAUCGAAGAGGCCAAGACGAUGGUCGGAACCAAGCCACUGGAGCUUGAAACGUUCGAAGUGGUCUCCGUGGAGAAGUUUGUCGCGGGACUGAUACCGGCAGUGACUAUUGAAACCACGGAAGAAACACAGGUGCAGAUCGUUACCAAAGAGGUCAGGGAGCAGAAACCAACGGAAACCGAGACGUUGGUGGAGAGCGUGGUGGUGGAAGAACUGCCCAGUGAAAAGGUCCCGGAAGUGACCCCGGUGGUGGAGGAAACUAAGGAAACGCUGGUCACCGCCUUUAGCAGUGAGGUCGUAUCGGAAGUGACCGCUCCAGUGCACGUUCCGGGUGAAACCGUCACCACUGUCUCCGAAGAACACCCCGAAGAAUAUGUGAAACCGGAACAAGCCGUGGAGACCGUUAGCGAAACGGUUGAAACCGUGUCACUUGAAACGGCUACAAAGGAGGAAAUUCCCAUAGCUGAAACCACAGAAACCAAAGUGCAACCAUUAGAAAAAGUGGAAAUUAUUUUGGAGAAACCGGCCGAAACUGAGGUCACACAAACCGCUGAGGUAACACUGGAAGUUAAGAAAGAGCAACCGGUCGAAGUGACCAUGACCCUUCCGGAAGAGGAAGUAACCGCCAAAGAAACGGUUACCAUUGUAACUGAAGAAAUUGUGGAGACCACGAUAGAAAAGCCGAAACCGGUGACGGAAAAAAAGGUUGAAACCGUAGUGGAAACAAUCAUAGAAGAAGUCGUUCCAACAACUGUGAUUACGGAACAUGAAGAGCUGGAAUUAGUCCCGACAGUUCCGCUUGAAGAAAAGAAACCGGAAACAGAAGAGGCGGUAUUGGACGUAACCGUUACGGAGGGUCUGGAGACGGUGCCCACAGUAACUGAAGAGGUUACAGGUGAAACGGUGGUAACUGAAUUGACCACAGCGGUUCCUUUGGACACUAUGGAAAUCCGCGAGGCCAAGAAAGCAACCGUACCCAAACAAACCGUUGAAGAGACGGAAGAAAAGGUCACUGAGGAGUUUCCGGUUGCACCCAGUAUGAGGGAACAACCGACGGAAACCGAAACAACGGAGGUUACAGAAAAAGCAACAGAAGUGUCGGCGCCGGUUCCUGCGACAAGUGAAACCAUUCAGAGAGAGCUCAUGGAAAUUACUAUGCAAGAAACCAUUCCAGCAGAAACUACUGAAAUUUAUGAAGCCGGCUUGGAAGUUGUUAAAGAAGAGAAACCGGUGGAAUUCUCCGUAACGUUACCAGAAGAAAAAGAAGAAAAAAUAAUGGAAGUAGAGAAAACGGUAACGGAGACUAUUGUGGAAUUGGUUACCGAGACACAACCGGAAACGAUAGCUGAAACCAUCACGGAAGUUGUUGUUGAAAAGCCGGUAGAAAUUGAAGAAACCGUCGUUACACGGCAAGAAGUGGCGACCGUGACACUAGAGGCGCCGAAGUCGGAGAUGGAAGAAGUGGUCACCGAAGAAACCAUCACACGUACGGUUAUCCAAGAAACGGUUCCAGAAACCGUGGAAGAAACGGAAAUCACUGCCAUGCUGAAACGGCCAAAGAAACCAGAAGAGGUAACGGAAACUGCAAUCAUCCAGAGUGAAGAAGCCGUUACCGAGGCGAUUGUCCGGGAAACCAUUGAAGAGGUCACCACGACCAUAGAAAAACCGAAACCGGAAAAAGUCUUCGAAAAGCAGAUGCCGGAAGAAGCCGAAGAGAAACCAAAGCAAUCUUUGAUCGAAGAGAUCGAAAUCAUUACCGAAACGGUAACAACUGCCAUGGAAGAAGAGCGGAAACCGUUGGACAUGGCUCAUAUUGAAACACCGGUGACAGAAGAGAUUGAAACAGUUGUCCGCGAAGUUACGGAAGUGGCACCGAAAGAGCAGCUGAAACCUAUGGAAAGCGAAGAAACGGUUACCAAAGCGGAAACUGAAAUCGCCGUUACCGAAAUGCCAGAACUAGAAAAGGUCACCGAAGAGGAAACUCCGCAAGAGGUCACCGCUGUGUCGACUGCCCCGGAACGCCUCAUGGAAGGCGUCACCGUAACGGUCCCGCAGCCGGAAGAGACAACGGUUCCAUCGAAAGAAGACGUCAGUGAAUACGUUCCCUCGUCUGUGGUGACGGAGACCGUCAUGGUUACCAUGGAAGAAACAGAACUGUUGAACUCUGUACCACAGGAAACCACUACAGAAGAAACGGUUACGGAGGUUAUUGCCAAGCCUCAAGAAGUUGUAACGAAACCGGAAGAAACGGUCCUAGAGAAGCCGGUAAUCGAGGAAAAAGAAGCGCUACCGUCCGAAACCACAACAGUCGUCGAAACUAUUGAGGAAACCGUUUCGGAACGACCAGAAGCCGUUGCGGUAGAACACGCACCGGAACAACCGGUCGCUACUGUCCAGGAAACAAUCACCGAGACGCUGUUCGAGGUAACCGUGCCCCAACCGAAACCAACGGAAGAAGUGCCGGAAAAGGUUGUCGAAGAAGUCACACUUCCGGAGGUAACUACAGAUAAAUUAGAAGAGCAGCCGGUGCCGGAAAUUACGAUGGAAAAAGCCACAGUUCCAGCGCAACCGGAAGUCCUGGAAACAGUGACCGAACAAGUGCUGCUUGAAGAAACCGUUAAACGUGUCACCGUUAAACCAAAAGAAGAAGUGGUAAUCGAAGAAGUGGUAACCAAGGAGGUCAUCAAACGAAAACCCAAAGAAGAGGAAAAAGUUGAAACGGAAUUUGUUGUUGAAGAGGUCACCACGGUUUCUUUUGAACAACCGAAGAAACAGGAGAUAACGGAAGAAACGGUUACCAUUACUCAGGUAAAACCGGAAAAAGAGGACAUCAGCGAAAUUGUGAUGCCGGCGGCUAUUGAAGUACCUGAAAAAGAAAUAAUCGAAACGGUCACUGAAGCCGUCGUUACGAGUGAAACGGAAGAACUGCCGCUAGACAAAGCGGACAUCAGCGAAGUGGAAACGCUAAAGAGUACAACAGUCGUCAAAGAAAAACCAGAAAAAGAGGUGCCCUUAGAACAACCGGAAGAAUUCAUUACCGAAACGGUUACGGACACCGCGGUAACCAAAGAAAUUCAGGAGGUCAUUAUGGAAAUGGCCAAACCGACGGAGAUCGAGACCGCGCAACCGGAAGUCAAAGAACUCAAGCAGCCGACCAAAGAAGAGGUAACCAUGCUGAUUGAGAAACUGGAAGAGGUCAUGGAGCAAGAGGGACCAGUGGAAAUCGUCCUGGUGGAGACGGACGAAACCGUCAAACUGCGCAAGAAACCAACGACCACGGAGGUCAGCGAGACGGAAUUCGUGGUCAGCAAACCGGUGCCGGAAGAAACCACCGAGAUUGUCUGGAAACCGGAAAUUCCCACCAUUGAAACGACCUUCGAGGUCACUGGAAAGGAAACGCUGACCAUUGAAACGCUGACGGUGCCGGAACGUCCCGUGACUCCGGCGCUGUUUGAAGAAAUCGAGACGGUGGCCCAUGUAACGCAACCGUUGCUUAUCGAGACGCCCCUGGACACGCGGACCGCGUCACCGCUUCCCGUGGAACACGCGGAAGCAGAGUUCGUCCCGCUGCGAGAAACCACCAUGACCACCUCGGACACCACCCACAUUACCAAGGAGACCACCGCCACCGCGGUUCUGGUGGAAGUCCCGUUGAAAUUCGGCGCGUUACCGGAACAUGCGGUGGAAGAAACGCGGUAUGAGAAGCCCCAGGAAGCGGUGGGGGCGCCGCUGUUCACCACGGAAGUGGAGUACAAAGCACCGGAGAUUGCCGUGGCCACUACCGAGUUCACCGUUCCCAUCGACAUCGAAGAGCGCACCGCGCAGGCCACGGUGAAACGGCGAGUGUCGUACACGGCCGACCUGACCACGGAUGUGACCUUUCAACCGGAGCGACCGGUGCCACAGGGUCCGACCAUCACCGAGAUCCCCGUAGAACAGGUGGAGCAUGAAGAGCUCAUUCGGCAGAAGUACCGGGUGGACUUCCCACCGGAGGUCCACGAGGUCCCCAUUCUCAUCGAGGAGCACAGCAUCGUCGAGGUGUUCUCCACGGAGGAAGACCGCUCGGAGAUUCUGGAUUUCGUCGUCAGUGAAAUGGACACCAGUAUCGUCGAGGAUAUCUUGGAGAAACUGGAAGAAUUCCCUGAAGAGAUCGUCGAAGAGCAGGUGACAACCGUUGUAAUGGAAGAAAAGCCGACGGUGACAACAGUAACGGAAGAAGUUACGGUGGUAACCGAAGAACAAGCGGUCGUAACGGAAGAAGAAACCGUUGUAACCGAGGAGGAGCAGCUGGUGAAACUAAAGAAACGCGUCAAAGAGGAGGUGGCGGAGGGUGUACUGCGUCCGAGAAAGGAUGAAGUUACGGAAGAAGCUGUUGUGCAGCAGAUCCGCCCAAAGAAGCCGGUUAAGGAAGCAGAAGCCUUCAUGUCUGUCCCAAUGGUCAUUCCAACGUUCGAAGAAAGCGGGCCGCCCGUCUUCACUGUUCCAGUGGAAAAUGUGGAAACAGCGGAAAUGGAUGUGGUGAAGUUCACCGCGGAGGUCAAGGGCAUUCCGCGUCCCGUGGUGACGUGGAGUUUGGAUGACCAUAUACUGCACGAAUCGCAGAUCAUCGAGAUUACGCACAUUCGCGAUCUGACGACGUUGACCAUCCGUGAUGUGCACGGCGAUUUCACUGGCGUGGUAACAUGCACCGCCCGAAACGACCUGGGUAUGGCCAUGUCCAGCGCGCAAGUGGAGAUCCUGCAGUUACCGGAAGAAACCGAAACCGAAUUCAGCCAAGCCACCACCAUCACCGAGGAGGAAAUCAUCAUCACCGAGGAAUUCGAACUCUCCGAAGCCGUACCGACCCAGACACCUUUCGAAGGAACUGAGACCGUUGUCAAACCAGCGGAAACUGUUCCCACCGUUCCGCAAGAAGCGCCGAAAGAAGCUGUUCCCACCGUUACCGAAGAAACACCCACCGUGGAAACCAUUACCGAGACCGUAACCGAGACGGUGGUAACGGAGACCUUUACCGAGGAAGAAGUGCCGGAGAAGUUCACCGCUGAAAUGGUGCCGGCGGUCAGUGUCAUGGAGACGGUAACCGCCGUCAUCGAACAGCCGGUACCGAUUGAAGAAAAACAUAUCAUAGCGACACACGACAUUACCGAGGAUAAACUGGAAGUGACCGUCCCGGACGUGGAUAUCAUCGUUCCACGCGAUGAGGAUGUCGCCAAGAUCUCCGAAGUAGAGGUCCCCGUGGAGGUCACCCAGGUGGUCGUGGCGGAACAGCCGAAAGAGGAAGUACCGGAAGAAAAGGUCAUUGAGACCUUACCGGAAACGGCGCCAGUGGAGAAGAUUACUACGGAGAUCACCGAAACGGUCACCGAGACGGUCGUGGAAGAAUCUCAAGAAAAACCGGUGGAGAAGGUCGAAGAGAUUGUUACCGUCACGGAAGUGGAGCAGCUACUGGAAACCGUCGUCCGGGAAGAAGUACCGGAGAAACCGGUGGAAGAAGUGGUGGCGCCGAAGGAAAUCGCACCCACCGAGACAACCGUCGUCGAGGAAGUGGCGCCGACAGAGAUUGUUACCGAGCAGCCCGUCCCGGUCGAACAACCGGAACUGGUGACGCACGAGAAAGGUGUCACUCCAGCGCUGUUACCAGAAAUGAUUACAAAAUUAGAAACCGAAGAAACGCGCAAGAAAUCGGUGCCGGCUGUGGAAACGGAAACCGCCACGGGGGUGCAGCUCCCGGAAAUGGUUACAGUGGAAGUCGGUCCCGAAGUAACCGAACAAGGAACCGAGACCGUGACCAAGGAAGAGAUCACCGAAGUGGUGACAAAGGUGAAACCGAAGCCCAAGACGAUUGUCACCGAAGAAGAAGUGACGGAACAGUUGGUCAUCCCGACAAAACCGGAGACGGUAGAGUUUCAAAUUACCACCGAAGAGAAGGUGGAUGAAGUGGUUACACUGAAACCAGAAUCGGAGGAGAAGGUACCGGGUGAAGAAGAGACGACCGUAACAACGGUGGACGUCACCGAAGUGGUGCCGGCGCCUGUGCACGCCGAUGUCGCCGCCCCGGUGGAGUCGCUGCCGUUGGAGAAGGCCGAGAUCAUUGCGCCGAUGGAGUUUGCCGAUACCGUCCAGGUUACGGUGGAAGAGGCACCGGAAGUCCCGGUUCCGGUUGAGGAAGAAGUAGAAAGCGUGAAGAUCGCGCGUAAACCGAAACCAGUGGAAGAGGUGGUAACGCUGCAGCCGAAGGUUACCGAAGAGGUCACUACAGUUACUUUGGAACAGAAAGUCGAAGAGCAAGUGGUGACGGAGCGAUUCGAAUUGAAGCCGGAAGUUGUGGAAGAGAUUAUUACGCUAGAAAAGAAAGUCCAACCAACCGAAGAAACUGCUACUACAGAGGAAGUUACCGUCGUGACUAGCGCAGCCGAAGACGUAAUUGCACCGGUGCCGGAAAUUUUGACGGUUGUCGAACGCCGCGACGAGGACCUGCCGACAGCCGAAGCGAUAGAAGCGCGUCGCGUUAGCACCGCCCCAAGGGUGCCGGAACAAUCAGCAGUACCCGAAAUGUCCAAAGAAACUCCAGAAGAAGUGACCGGUGAGCAGCCGGCUCUGGAGAAGGUCACGGAGGAAACCCUUCCGGAACUGGCACAACCAGCCGUCCCAAUCGUGCCCAUCAUCAACGAAACCUUCCGCAUCGAAAUCCCGGAAACACCCGAAAAGGUAACCGAGUCGACCGAGACCGUUACCACUGUGGAAGAAGUGGCCGAAGAGCAGGUAAAGCUGAAGAAGAAACCAAAGGUCGUGGAGGAAGUCCAGGAGGAAAUGGUGUUCGUUGCUCCGAAACCGGAAGAGGUCACGCAGGCGGAGAUCACCGUAACGGAAACGGUUGAAGAGACCACGUUUGUGCAUACGGUACCGAAGGAAGAAGCGCCGAAAGAGGAAAUUCCGGAAGAGCGUGAGGAAAUUAUAGAAAAACCGGUUGUGGAAGAAAUUACCCCGGUGGUUACAGAAGAAACGACCGUUACAGAAGUCGAAGAGAUUAUGGAAACGGUGGCACCAGUACCGGUGGAAGUCGCUGAGACCGAAACCGUCGAGCUACCGGUCAGUGAAACCGAAGAAGUUGUGCCACUGAAGAAACCCCGGAAAAAGGAAAUCAUGGAAGAGACCGUGGUAACUGUUCAGAAACUGAAGGAGACCGUGGAAGAGAUCAGCGUGGAACUGUCGAAGCCGAGCAUGGACAUUGAAGAGCAGGUGGUGAUGCGCGCCGUAGAGCGCAAGCCAUCAGAGAUCCCGGUUGAGAAGCCCGAAGAGACGGUGACGGAAGUGACACAAGAGGAGAUGACAACAACGGUUACGGCGCCGUUACCAGAAACAGAAACCAUCGCCGAAAAGGUCACGGAAGAAUUUGGCAUGUCCACUGCAGAGACCGUUACAACCGCACAGACGACGGUUGUUACCGUGCCGAAACCCGAAACGAAGGAAGAAACCGAAACAAUAACCGUUGAAGAGUAUGAAGUAAAGCCGGUGGCACCCUCUAAAACCACUGUGACUGAGAUUGCUGAGGAGAUUGAGCACGGUGUGCCAACAGAGACAAAAACCAUGGAGACCGAGACAGUCGUUGUGGAAGUCCCGAAAGUACCACUCGAAACGCAAAAGCCAGAAGAAAAAGAAACCACAGUUACAACUUCAAUAACGGAAGAAUACGAGACCACACCGAUGGCACCAACGGAAGCGACAUUGACCGAAGUAACAGAAGAAACUGGACAAGGUGUACCUGCCGAAACCGAGACACUGGAGACUGAAACCGUUGUAACAGAAGUUCCGAAAGUGACCGAAGUCGUGGAGACGACCGAAGAGAUCAAAGAGGAAGUGAUGUUGAAGAAAAAGAAACCAAAGGUUAUCGAAGAAGCACCGGAGGCGGCUUUUGAAAUACCCCGGAAACCGGAAACAGUCGAACUGGAAAUGCCGCAACCGACAGAAGGAGAAAUUACACUGAAACCAAAGAAGAAGCCGGUCGAAGAAGAAGCUGAAGUUGUAGUUCCGCUGGAAACUAAGAAACCCGAGGAAGUGUCGGAAACGGUCACCGAGACCAGCGUCACGGAAGCCGAAACACCGAGUGUCCAGCCCGCCGAAACCGUGAUUACAGAAGUAACGGAAGAAAUCGGAGUUGGUAUUCCAAGCGAAACUUCAACACUUGAAACAGAAACUGUAGUGGUACCGGUCAAAGAAAUAAUCGAAGAGACAACGGAAGCCGAAGAGGUGACGGCAGUUCGGCGCAAGAAACCGCUCAAACCACAGGAAACACCGGAAGAAGUGACCUUUGAAGUGCAGCGCAAACCGGAAGUUUCCGAGUUUGAAAUCACAGAAACGGUAACGGAAGAAAAAGUCUCUAUGAAACCGAAAGAGAAGCCGGUGGAAGUGAUAACAGUGGAAAAUUUAAUGAAGCAACCGGAAGAAACUGAGGAGAAAAUCACGGAAACCACAGUAAGAGAAGUCACUACCAAAGAAACAAAACCGGAACAAGUGGAAAUACAAGAAACUGUUGAAGAAAUUCAACGCGGCGUUCCCACGACGACUGAGGCUUUAGAAACGGAAACUAUUACCGUUGAGACGGAGACCACUGUGACCGAAGACGUUGAAACCGUUGAGGAAACCGCGGUAGCAAUUAAGAAAAAGAAACCGCUGAAGCCGGUUGAAGCGCCGACGGAGGCCGCGUUUGAAAUUUCAAAGAAACCGGAAACCGUAGAAUUCGAAGUCCAGCCGAGUGAAGUGGAGGAAGAAAUUAUGUUUAAGCCCAAACCGAAGCCGGUUGAAGAAGUUGAAGCGGAGACCGUUGUACCGCUCGAAACCAAGAAAUCGGAAGAAGAAACUGAAACGAUCACUGAGACGGUCGUUAAAGAAAUUGUGAUGCCGGAGCAGCCGGAAGCGACUACCACCACCGAAGUUAUCGAGGAAACUGUAACGGCAACACCAUCGGUAACGGAAGCAGCCGAGACGGAAACUAUCGUGCAACCAGUAACCGAAGAGAAAGUGGAAAUCGAAGAAGUCAAGAAAGCGAAACUUAAGCCACGAAUGAAGGUAACGGAAGAAGAGGAGGUGGUAACGGAAACCGCAUUAAUGAAACGGAAAGCUACCGAGGUCACUGAAGAAACAACGGUAACUGAGACUUUCGGCGUAGAAGAACAAAUAAAGAUAGCUAAAAAGAAACCGGUAAAAGAGGAGAUUCCCGAAAAGACUGCGGAAAUGUUGGUAACGGAAGCGGAAGAAGCACCAACGGUGGACGAAGUCGUACCAGAAAAGCCAGUCGAAGAACAAAUUCAGCGGUUGGAAAUUCCGGAGCGACUGCAACCAGCGGUGCCGGUAGCACCGACAGUUCUGGAAACGACGACGAUAACCGCUCCCGAAAAGCCGGUUACAUUGGAAGAAAAGACUGCCGAACUUGACGUAACCGAGGCACCGGAAUUGCCGUCGGUAACCGAAGUAUCAUCUGAUGUAGCGGAAACCGAAGAAGCGGUUCCAUCCGAAACGCCGGAGAUGCUGCAACCAGCGGUGCCCAUCGUUCCGGUCGUCCACGAAAGUGAAAAGGUCACCGCACCGGAAAUACCGAAAGUGGAGAAGCCGGUCGAGGAAGUCCCAGAAAAGAGCGCCGAGAGUGAAACCGUGGUACCCGAAACAGUAACCACGGAAGAAAUCACACAGGAAGCAGUAACCAAAGAAAUCGCGCAGCCUUCAGAAAUCCCUGACGUUAUGCAACCGGCCGUUCCCAUAGCCGCCAUCGUCCAUGAAGGCGAGACGCGGGAAGUACCAACAGUUCCGGAAGUACCCCAACUACCACAGCAGACUGCCGAGACGCGUAUAACCGAAGCGGAGACUACAACGGUCGAAGAGGUGGUAGUGGAGGAAGAUAAACCAGAGACUGUGGAGGUAACCGAAACGCCGGAAGCGCUGCAACCAGCAGUGCCGGUUGCGCCGUUGGUGCUGGAAUCGACGAGCGUUGUCGCGCCGGAGAAACCCAGUGUUACCGUGGAGGAAGUGACCGAAGAGGAGAAAGUGGCGAUUCGCCGCAAGAAGCCGAAGGCACAGGAGGAAGCGGCGCCAGAAGCGGAAUUCGCCAUCACCAAACCGAAAGAACGGGUGGAGGAAAUUACUGAAGAAACUGCUGAAUUUAAGGUUGAGAAGACGAUUGAAACCGAAGAAGAAUUCGUAUUCAAACCAAAGAAACCCGAAGAAGAACACAUAGAGAAAACGGUAACCACGGUCGAGCUAUCAAAACCGGAAACAGCAACGGAAGAAACACCAUCUGUCAGUGCCGGCGAAAUCACCGCUCCCGAAAAGCCCGAGGUAACCGCCGAAGAAACGCGAAUCGAGGAGACUCUGGUAACCGCGCAGCCUACUGAAACCGUUACCGAAGAGACGUCGACAGUCGUCGUUCCGGUCAAAGAAGAAAUCGUAGAGGAACAGAUCGAAGAAACCGUUGUAAAAGAGGAAAUCGAAGAAAAGGUCAAGCUGAAACCCAAGAAGAAGAUCACGGUGGAGGAAGAAGUACCGGAAGCGGAAUUCGCCGUCAAACCCAAACCCGAGAAACCGGUAGAAAUCGAGCUUGAACAACCGGAGGCGGAAGCGUUGUUUAUUCGGCCGAAGAAACCGGUGGUCGAAGAGGAGACUGCGGAGAUUGAAUUAAAGGAAACCACGGAGACGUAUGUGACCACCGCCGAGGAAGGAGUGCCGGUUACGGAAACGGAGGCAACCACUGUAAUCGAGACGGAGGGGUUCGGUCGGCCGGUAACGACGGUGACGAGUGAGGAGCAACCGUUCACCGUUACGGUCCCGAAGGAACAGGUGACAGCAACCGAGACGGAAGUGACUACCGCUUAUGAGAAAGAAACGCCGGUUGAAGAAACCGCAACCGUCGAAGUUACGGAGAAAGCACCGCUUGACCAGUCCGUUUCAACGGUUACGACGGAAGAAAAGUCUGUCAAGGUUACCGUUCCGAGAGAAGCGUUCACCACAACCGAGACAGAUGUUACCACGGUUUACGAGAAAGAGCAACCGGUUACCGAAGAGGUCGCGGUGGAAACAGUUCCGCAGAAACCACUGACGGAAGCGACGGAAGAAAAGAAGCCCGUAGAAGAAGUGCCAGAAACAGUCGAAAUCGAUGUGGAGGAAUUGAUUGAGAAAAUUACCAAAGGGGAAAUUGAAGAGAUCCCGUUCGAAAUUCCCACCGAAGAAACCGUAAAGCGGCCGAAGCCGAAACUCAGGAUGAAGGAAGAAGUACCGGAAGACACCACAGCCGAAGCCUUCUUCAAGAAGCCGGUAGAGACGACGGAAAUCGAGACGGCCUUUGAUGUGUCGAUUGAGAAGACCGGUGUACCGGCGGUUACCGAGGAACAUGUUGAGACCGUCGGUUUUGUCCAAGUGGAACAGCCCGAAAAGGAAAAAGUUGCUCCUGAAACCGUCGAAGUACCGGAAACGAAAAUCUCCUUGGAGAAGAAACCGGCAGAAACCCCGAUAACGUCGUUAGUUACUGAGGAAGAGACAAUUGCGGAUAUUAUUACCAAGAAAGAAGAGGUGAAACCGGAAGUAACGGAGGAAGAGCUCCCCACCGCUGUUACCGAAACGAUACCGGCGGAGACACCAGGAAUGACCAUGGUGACGGAAGAAACAACAGUGACAGAAGUUCGGUCUGAAGAAAAAGAAGAAAUUACACCAAAGGGCACUACCGAACAACUGGGCGAAGCGGUUGCUGAAAAGCAGGUGGUGCAGUCACCGGAAUCCACCGUGGUACCAGAAGAAACGACGAUUAACGAAAUUAUUACGGAAAAAUUGAGGAAAAGGCAAUGCCCGAGGUUACGGAAGAAAUCAUGCCGAUAGUGACCACUGUACAACCGGAAGAAACGAAGGUUGUUAAGAAACCGCAGCGACCGAAGGAUUUAGCCGUUGAACUGGAAAUUUUGGAGCUUCCCUCGAGAGAAGUACCAGAGGAAGAGCUUUUGGAAGAA